AUGGCAUUGAUUAUUUCAUUAAUUCGAUUUUUCAAUUAUACUCCUCCACCUUUGGCUAUCUCAACCUAUAAAACUGCUGAUAGAUCAUCAGACAGGGCAAAUUCACAAGCACCAACCUCGUUUUCAUUUUGGAGUGGAUUUAAGGAAGAAUUUAUCUCUAAUAUAGAAGAUAAUUUGGAAUUUACAAGACCAUCUUUUGUUGAAGCACAAGUAGUUUCAAGAGAAACUGAUAUCCACAGGGAAUUAGACAAUAAUGUAUGGCAUAUAAUGAACAAAAUAACUACUGAAAUGAAUUUAGGAAAGUUUGGAACUAGUAGUGAAUUGCUGUCACAGAG